UAAGAAGCUCUUAUGGGACCUCUGCCAGCAACAUGUUCAAGAUAAUCCAGAGGGCUGUGGGGCCGGCCAGCCUGAGUCUGCUCACCUUCAAAGUUUAUGCGUCACCUAAAAAGGACUCACCUCACAAAGCUUCUGUGAAGGUUAAUGAGCUUUCACUCUACUCCGUUCCCGAGGGUCAGUCUAAAUAUGUGGAAGAGCCAAGGACCCCACUUGAGGAAAGCAUUUCACAUCUCCGACAUUAUUGCGAGCCGUAUACAAGUUGGUGUCAGGAAACGUACUCCCAAACUAAGCCCAAGAUGCAGAGCUUGGUUCAAUGGGGGUUAGGCAGCUAUGACUAUCUCCAAAAUGCACCUCCUGGAUUUUUUCCAAGACUUGGUGUUAUCGGUUUUGCUGGCAUUGUCGGACUUCUUUUGGCUAGAGGCUCAAAAAUAAAGAAGCUGGUAUAUCCGCCUGGAUUCAUGGGACUUGCUGCUUCUCUUUAUUACCCACAACAAGCCAUCGUAUUUGUCCAGGUCAGUGGGGAGAAAUUAUAUGUCUGGGGUUUACGAGGAUACAUAGUCAUAGAAGAUUUGUGGAAGGAGAACUUUCAAAAGCCAGGAAAUGUGAAGAAUUCACCCGGAAAUAAAUAGAAUGCUGCAUGCUCUGCCCAUUUUAAUCAGUUAUAGGUAAAUAUUGGAAACUCCAUGCAGUAAACCAAUAUUUCUACAGAAAAAUGGCAGAGAAGUCAGUACCGAAUGUAGUAAAUUGGCUUUCUUCUUCAGGAUAAACUAUGCUAGGCUUCUUUGUUAUCUUGGGUGAUACCAUAUUACAAGUGGACUAAUCGGAAAUCCUUUCACCUAGAGAGAAUGUCUAGCCUUAGAACUUGUUCUCAUGUUGCUAUUUAUGUACAUAAUUAAAA